GUUUCUUGCACCUUGGAGGUCUCCGAACUGCUCUCUACAAUUAUAUCUUUGCAAAGAAGUAUGGAGGUGUUUUCAUCCUGCGACUGGAGGACACUGACCAGARCCGACUGGUACCGGGAGCAGGAGAGUCCAUAGAGGACAUGCUGGAGUGGGCUGGUUUACCUCCAGAUGAAAGUCCUCGUCGAGGGGGGCCUGUGGGUCCAUACCUGCAGUCUCAAAGAUUAGACCUCUACAGGCAAACGGUCCAGCAGCUCGUUGAGAGCGGUCACGCCUAUUACUGUUUCUGCAGUCCCCAGAGGCUGGAGCUCAUCAAAAAAGAGGCUCUAAGAGCUGGACAGGCUCCAAAGUACGACAACAGGUGUCGUCACCUGCGACCGGACGAGGUCCAGGAGAAGCUGGCUCAGGGGGCGUCGCAUGUGAUCAGGUUUCGUCUGGAAGUUGGUGUCGAGCCUUUUGUSGACCUGGUCUUUGGUUGGAACCGUCAUGAGGUGGCGCAGGUGGAGGGGGACCCGGUGGUGAUGAAAGCCGACGGUUUUCCCACCUACCACCUCGCUAACGUGGUAGAUGAUCAUUACAUGAAGAUCAGCCACGUGCUGCGAGGGUGCGAGUGGAUCAUCUCUACGCCCAAACACCUCCUCUUGUACCGGGCCCUCGGCUGGCAGCCACCGACCUUCGGACAUUUUCCUCUCCUGAUGAACAAGGACGGCAGCAAACUUUCCAAGAGACAGGCGGACGUUUUCAUUCAGAGCUUCCAGAGGGACGGAGUGCUGCCAGAGGCUCUGCUGGAUAUUACAACCAACUGUGGGUCUGGAUUCAGCACCAACCGAAUGGGAAGGAGAUUAGAUGAACUGAUUUCUGAGUUUGACCCUUCAAAAAUCACAACUCACUCUGCUUUGUUGGAUUUGGAGAAACUCCAGGAGUUCAACAGAAUCCACCUGAAGCAGCAAAUCGAAGAUGAGCAGAGGUGUCGAUUACUGAUUAAAAAUCUUCAGGGACAAAUCCAACAGCACUACGCUGCAGAGAUGGAGGAACAAGACGUGCUGCGUGACGAUUAUAUCAAACGGGUGCUUCAUCUCCGAAAGGGUCAUGUUUCCUCCCUGAAUGAGCUCGUAAGUCCGACUUACUCUUAUCUGUGGGUGCGUCCUUCCUUUUCCAGCCAGCAUGUGGCAGCAGUCACCAGCGAGGGCCGACUAGUUGCUUCAUUAAUGAUGAAGUUAUUAGAAGGACAAAGUGAGGAGUUGUCAGCAGACCAACUCAGUACGGACCUGAAGAGUUUGGCUAAACAAAUGAAAUCCACCAAGUACAGAGACGUGAUGAAGCUGCUGCGCCUGGUGCUCAGCGGCCUGCAGCAAGGCCCCAGUGUUGCUGAGACGAUGGUGUGUUUGGGUCCCACAGAGGUCAGGCAUCGACUCCAGAAACUUCUUCAGCUCUCAGAGAUUCCUGAAAAAGAUGGUCAUCAUCUUAGUUUAUUUUAAACUAAAUGACUGGAGCCAGGAGAAGGCUUCUGCUGUUGGACUUAUGUAUGUUAAAGAUAAAACACACUUUACGUCACUUACUUUUGUUUUAAGGGUCUCUUCUAAAAUGAACUGUAAGUUUCAAUAAUGUGCAUUAAAAUAUUUUACACUUUAUUAAUAAUUUGAGAGCAAAAA